AGCGUCAUAAAAAACUAUAGUCAAGACAACGCAAAUGCUGACAUAAUGGUAGCUGUAAACAUUCUACGUUGAUCUUUACUAAAGGUCUCUUGUUUUAAACAUGGUAAAACCAGGGAAAAUUGGCAAUGUUGUUGCUGAAGAUUUAAUUUGGAAAGAUCAUGUUUUAAAAGAACAUACUGCAGUUAAACAAUGGUCUAAGAAUUGGAGCUUUUUAGCAAACUUAUCUAUUGAAGAAAGACAACAGAGGAAGAAGCAAAGGAGUAAUUAUUUAAGUAAAAAUGAAGAAAAUGAGUUAAAACUACCACUAUUAGUUGCUGUUAAUACACAGAGUAAACAAGAUACCUCCUUUCCAAAAACAUCGACAGGUCUUAUUGGUUGGAAAAGUUCAAAUCCAAAAAUGAACUUAGAGAGAUAUGGAAAUUAUGCAAAACCAGUCAGGACAUUUUUAUGUCAAAUGAAUUGGCCAGCAGAAGGUAUGAUGUGAAAAAAGCAUGGCGCUUACAAUUGCUGCUAACCCAAUGUUUUGGACAUAACUUGAGUGGUUUUUGAUACUAUUCUUAAUCUAAUAUUCUUAAUUUUAGCAUUUUAACCACUUUUAAUUUUGUAUUUGCUUCUUUUUAUUUGAUUUUUUUCUAUCGUUUUUUUUUAGAAAAAACCUUUUUGCUAGUACUAAAAAAGAAACAAUGUGUCCUAUUAAUCAAAAUUUCCCUCUUAAUUUUUUUCUAAAUUUUUAGCCCUGUUUUUAAAAAGUUCCAUCAACAAAUAAAUUUGGUAAUAUUAUUUUUUUCCUAUUAAAAUAGAAGAAAAAAUGUCUGAUUUUUUAUUAUUUUUAUUAGCAAUAACUAAUUUCUUCAUUUAAACGACAAUCCGAAUUUGCAUUGUUUGUAUAUACACUUUUCAAAAUAAUAUUUUUUAGUAAUCUUUUUUGAGUUAAAGUCGUGCUUGUGUAAUGAGUACGAAAAUCAACUAUACUUUUCCGUUCUUUUUGCAGUAAAGUCCUUAAAAAAACUAACUUGGUUUUGGUCGACAAACAAGCAACAGAUAUAACUGUAGAGAUUUUGUGUUAACCCCCUGGAUAGGUUACCAAAUUCCCCUGGUUGCCACUUUUUUUAGAGCUAAAUAUGAGGAUUUUUUAUGAGAAUUUUUAACCUUUUUUUGAGAACAUGACAGUGAUUGAGGCGAUUUAAGGACAUCCCCAUAUUGUUUCAAAAAAAUUGAGAAUAUUUUAGACGAUUUUAAAGAAUUAAAAUGCAGGAGUUUGAGGAGAAAAUUGUUAUAAUUGAGUUAAAUACAUAUUUUUUAAACAAAGGAAAAAUUUUGAAGAAGAAAUUAAAAAAAUUGAUGAAACGAAUGAAAUGGUUGAUCAUGUUUUUGUGAUUUUUAAAAAAAUUUAUUAAGUUCCAAUGAAAUAAUAAUAAUCGUGUUGGUAAGAUUCGCCAUGAAAAGUAAAACAAACAAGUUAAGAUAAAGCAAAAGGUUUUCGGUAUAAAACCAUAGUCAGUGCAUAUAAAAUUCUUUUACUAUGUUACAGUUAUUCAGUAUAAUAAUCGUGUUAGUGGUUUUUAAUUAUAUUUUUAUAUGUAUGGAUUGGAUUUUUUGUGCUUUAUUGGUACGAUUUUUUACAUAUAUAUAUAUGAAUUGUAAAUGAAAAAUAGUUGCGUAAAGAGAUGUUUGUUUAGUGUGAAAAAAAAUAGU